UGCAGCCUUCGCGCGUCGCGUGGAACCGCAGGCCGGCCAAGCAACUUGCUCGCCUCGCCCCGCCUCGCGCCCGCUUGUUUGCUACUUUGCUUCCGGCCGUGGGUGGCCCCCGUUCCCUUCCCUCCCUCACGCCACUCUGCUCCUCCUCCCAGAACAGAGCACGCAGCAGCAGCCUUCUGCGCGCUCGCCAGCGCCGACCGACAUGGCCGCCGGCCGCGGAGGCAACCUCCAGGAGGAGGCCUCGGCGGCUCCCGGCGCCGACCUCUACGCCGUGCUCGGGCUCAACAGGGAGUGCACCGACGCCGAGCUCAGGGGGGCCUACCGGAGGCUCGCCAUGAUAUGGCACCCGGACCGGUGCUCGGCGUCCGGCAGCUCGGCGCGCGUCGAGGAGGCCAAGGAGCGGUUCCAGGAGAUUCAGGGCGCAUACUCCGUGCUCUCCGACUCCAACAAGCGCUUCCUCUACGACGUCGGCGUUUACGACAGCGAGGACGACGAGGCCGACCUGUCGGGGAUGGGCGACUUCCUCGGAGAGAUGGCCGACAUGAUGAGCCAGGCCACGCCAACGGAGACCUUCGAGGAGCUGCAGCAGCUGUUCGUGGACAUGUUCCAGGACGACCUGGACCCCGGGUUCUUCAGCGGGCUUCCCCCGGGCCGCAGGGGCCAGUCACAGAGCCCGCCCAGCACGUCCUCGCCGCCGCUGCGGCCACCUCCUGGAAGGAACAGUGCGCAAGCAACACCGGCAUGUAACGGCGUCGACAAGCGAGGUUCUUCGCCGGCGGCGAUGCACUCGGCAGCGAAGCGGCCGAGGCCCGGCCGGCCGGGUCUAGAACUGGACCUGGGCCUGUCCGGCUUCUGCUUCAUGGUGAGCGAGACGAAGCAGAGGCCGGCGCCGUGGACGUGCGAGGUGAGCGGCGGCGGCGAUAGGAGGAGCGGGAGGAAGCAGAGGCUGUCCACGAGCCGCGACGUCUCCGGCGACGGGGUGCCGCGCUCUUUUCCGCAGAGCCAGAGCGGUAGUAGAGCGUGGUGGCAAUGAAGGGCCCCCCAGCUUCAGAUAGAGCACUGAUUCUUCGUUUUUCCUUUUUUUUUUUCCGCUUGCGGCAGUCGUUGGAGGAGCUCUGAUAGGCGCACUGGAGAAAGAAAAUUUGGGUGGCUGCGUUGUUCAAUCUGUUCCGAGCCAAGCCAGUGCUGUUAAUUAUCGAGAAAUUUGUAUUCUUUGAUACCCCAAACAUCGUAGCGUAGCAUCGUAUAUUUAACACUUUAAAAAAUAGCUUUGCAAAUUUGACACCCA